UUCAUAAGGGAGUUAUAAUACAGACUUUAAAAACUCUGUAAUAAUGUUGCGCGUCGUAGUGGAAUCAGCCAAAGGCAUCCCCAAAAAGAAACUCGGAAACCCAGAUCCCAUAGCAGCGGUAGUGUUCAAAGGUGAAAAGAAGAAAACUAAGGCAAUUGAUAGUGAACUCAAUCCCGUGUGGAAUGAAGUGCUUGAGUUCGACCUAAAGGGCUCCCCAUUGGAUGCCUCCUCCUUUUUGGACGUGAUUGUGAAAGACUAUGAGACUAUUGGCAAAGACAAAUUUAUUGGCUCAGCUAAGAUCGCUCUCCUAGACCUGGCUCAUGGUCACACCAAGUCCCUCCCAGCAAAGAACCUGUCCCUGGUCAAUGAGAAGAAACAGGACACUGGGGCGACCAUUAAUUUGAUGAUAGGUUAUGAGCCGCCAGCUAACACAACUCCUAACCCUAACAAUCAAACUGAUGAAGACCAGUCAUAUGGGGACACAGGUGGGGGUGAGGAAGGGGAGGAUGGGGAGGAGGGAUCCCUUGGGGGUCAGGUGGGGACCCCUGGAGUUCCACCCACACCUGGCCAGCCUGGUAACCCCAACCAGAGGCCUGUCCGGACCAGCCGCAAGAGACACCGGGCCCUGGCCAACAAGCCGCAGGACUUCCAGAUUCGUGUUCGAGUUAUCGAGGGCCGACAGUUGCCGGGAAACAACGUCAAACCGGUUGUCAAAGUGAAUGUGUGCGGACAGACCCACAGAACCAGGAUCAGACGAGGAAACAAUCCCUUCUUUGAUGAGAUGUUCUUCUUCAAUGUCAACAUGCUGCCUUCAGAGCUUUUAGACGACUAUAUCAGUAUUCGGUUGGAUGUUGGGUACAUAUAUGACGAACCUGCCCACGCCAUAAUGAGGAAGUGGCUUCUCCUGAGUGACCCUGAUGACUCUAGCUCGGGGGCCAAAGGUUACCUGAAGGUCAGCCUGGUCAUCGUGGGGACAGGAGACGAGCCACCGACUGAGAAGAGAGAGCGGAACGAGGAGCAAGAUGACAUAGAGACUAAUCUGUUGGUGCCGGCUGGGGUAACACUCAGAUUGGUCACUCUCAACCUGAAGGUGUACCGUGCAGAGGACAUGCCUCAGAUGGAUGAUGCGUUUGUACAGACUGUGAAACAAGUAUUUGGAGGGGAAGGCGAUAAGAAAAACUUAGUUGAUCCAUUUCUGGAGGUCAGCUUCGCUGGCAGGAAGCUGUGCACCAAAAUUAUUGAGAAAAAUGCCAAUCCUGAGUGGAACCAGCUGAUCAACCUUCAGGUCAAGUUCCCAUCCAUGUGUGAAAGCAUCAAGUUGACUAUAUUCGACUGGGAUCGUCUGACCAGGAAUGAUGUGAUAGGAACCACAUUUCUAAAUCUGACCAAAAUAGCCUCAUCUGGUGGUGAGAUUGAAGUGAACAGUGGGGAGGCGGAGGUGGGUUUCCUCCCAGCGUUUGGGCCUUGCUACCUAAACCUGUACGGCAGUCCCAGGGAGUUCACUGGCCUCCCAGACCCGUACGAGGAACUCAACUUUGGCAAGGGUGAAGGGGUGGCCUACAGGGGCAGAGUCCUCAUCGAGCUCUCCACUCAGCUGGAGGGCAAAGCUGACAGGAAGCUGGACGACAUCUCCAGUGAUGACAUCCUGGUGGCCCAGAAGUACCAGCGGAGGAGGAAGUUCUCGCUGUGUGCUGUGUUCCACAGCUCCUGCAUGCUCCAGGAGCCCGGUGAGCCAAUCCAGUUCGAGGUCAGCAUCGGUAACUACGGCAACAAGCUGGACUCCACCUGCAUGCCGCUGGCAUCCACAACCCAAUACAGCUGUGCUGUGUUUGACGGUAACCACUACUAUUACCUGCCCUGGGCUGACACCAAACCUGUUGUCAUCCUCACAUCCUUCUGGGAAGACAUUAGCCACCGAUUGGAUUCAGUCAACAUCAUCCUCUACAUCGCAGAUAGACUGGAAUCCAACCUCACUUCUUUGAGAACAGCCAUCCUUGCCAAAGCCUCAGAGGUGCGCUUGGCUGAGAUCUGGCUCAAACUCAUCAACCACAUGAUUGAGGAUCUGAGCAACUUUCAGGUACCAGAGCUUGAGGGCAGGCCCAACCUGACGGCGCUGGACGUCCAGAUUAAGAAGCUGCGUGAUUCGGCGGUGGCCAGCAUCAGAGAGAUGGCCAAACACUUGAAGGAGGAGGCCACUGACGUUAUAGCCACUCUGACAGACAUCGAGGACUGGCUGGAGAGACUGAAACAGCUUGCAGAGGAGCCCCAGAACAGUAUGCCUGACGUGGUGAUCUGGAUGCUGCGUGGAGAGAGGAGGGUGGCGUACGCCCGUCUCCCAGCCAAUCAGAUCCUCUACUCCACCUACAGUGAGCAGGCCUGUGGAAAAUACUGUGGCAGGACCCAGACCAUCUUCAUGCAGUACCCCAUGGACAAAAACAAAGGUGUGAAGAUCCCUGUCCAGCUCCGUGUCAACAUGUGGCUGGGCCUCUCUGCCCACGAGAAGAAGUACAACAGCUUCUCAGAGGGAACCUUCAGUGUGUUCGCAGAAAUGUAUGAGAACCAGGCCCAGGUGUUUGGGAAGUGGGGCACCACAGGGUUGGUGUGCCGGCAUAAGUUCUCUGACGUGACGGGGAAGGUGAAGCUGAAACAGGAGCGCUUCAUGCCCCCCAGGGCGUGGGAGUGGGAAGGCGAGUGGUUCGUCGACCCCGAGAGAGGCCUGCUAACAGAAGCAGACGCGGGGCACACAGAGUUCACAGACGAGGUCUUCCAGAACGAGACACGUUUCAUUGGCGGGGAGUGGAAGCCUGCUGCCGACCCCUUCACAGACGUGAAUGGGCAGAAGAGCCAGAGUCCAGGGGAGAUAGAGUGUCCUGCUGGCUGGACGUGGGAGGAUGACUGGAGCUUCGACAGCAACAGGGCUGUGGAUGAGAAAGGUUGGGAGUAUGGCGUCACUAUUCCCCCCGAUGACAAGCCCAAGUCCUGGGGAGCAGCAGAGAAGAUGUACCACAUCCACCGCAGGAAGAGACUCUUACGACCACGCAGGAAAAUAGCAGACACUAAAGCAGCACCUGAGAGGCGGGAUCCCGGCGAAGGCUGGGAAUACUCGUCCUUGAUUGGCUGGAAGUUCCACAGGAAGGAGCGUUCGUCUGACACAUUCCGCCGUCGCCGCUGGAGACGCAAGAUGGCUCCGUCAGAUGGAAUAGGAGCGUCAGCCAUCUUCAAACUGGAGGGGGCGCUGGGGGUAGAUGUUGAUGAGAAGGCCAGUAAGAAGGACGCAGCCAGACUGUUUGGUGCCAACACACCCACCGUUUCCUGUAACUUUGACCGGUCGUAUAUGUACCAUCUGAGGGUGUAUGUCUAUCAGGCCAGGAAUCUCAUCGCCAUGGACAGGGACAGCUUCUCAGAUCCCUACGCCCAUGUGUCCUUCCUCCAUGUGAGUAAGACCACAGAGGUCAUCAGGGCCACUCUGAACCCCACCUGGGACCAGACCCUCAUCUUUAAUGACAUCGAGAUCUAUGGAGACCCCCAGACCAUUGCACACAACCCCCCCAAUGUGGUGCUGGAGCUCUACGACAGUGACCAGGUGGGUAAAGACGAGGCCAUGGGUCGCUGUACGUGUCCCCCUGUGGUGAAGCUGAACCUCGGCACAGUGGUCUCCCCCAAACUGCUGUGGUUCCCCGUCACCAAGAAAGGCCGCAGCGCAGGAGAGAUGCUGGUGGCUGCCGAGCUAUUGCUGAAAGACAAGGCCAAUGAGAGUGACUUGCCCCUGGUGCCCCCCAGACGAGGAGCAACACUCUACAUGGUUCCCCAGGGAAUCAGGCCUGUCGUACAGCUUACCGCCAUCGAGGUCUUAGCCUGGGGUCUGAGGAACAUGAAGACCUACCAGUUGGCCACAGUCACCUCUCCCAGUCUCAUGGUGGAGUGUGGGGGGGAGGUCGUCCAGACGGCCGUCAUCAAGAACAUCAAGAAGAACCCCAACUUCCCCGGAUCUGUCCUCUUCUUUAAAGUGCUCCUACCCAAAGAGGAGAUGUACACCCCUCCCAUCGUUCUGAAGGUGAUCGACCACCGGCCGUUCGGCAGGAAGCCCAUUGUGGGCCAGUGUACCCUCUCCCUGGAGGAGUUCCGCUGUGACCCUUACGUCACCAAUGCUGAGGUGGCCAUGUCUUCCAAAGUGGCCAUGAUGGCAGCAACUCAAGGAGACAUCAUCAUUAACAUGGAGGAUAGGCCCAUCCUUAAUACUGAGCUCCACAAAGAGAAGGAGGAGGAGGCAGUUGACUGGUGGAGUAAGUUCUAUGCCUCUGUGGGAGAGCACGAGAAGUGUGGGCCGUACCUCAAAAAAGGAUACGACACCCUAAAGGUGUAUGAAGGGGAGCUGGAGGAGGUCCCAGAUUUCCGAGGGCUGACAGAUUUCUGUAAAACGUUCCGACUGCAGCGGGGGAAGACUGAGGAUGAGGACGACGACCCCUCAGUGGUCGGAGAGUUCAAGGGCUCGUUCCGGGUGUACCCCCUAUCUGAUGACCCAGGGGUGCCAGCCCCACCACGCCAGUUCAGAGAGCUGCCUGAGAGCGGGUUGCAGGAGUGCCUGGUCAGGAUCUACGUGGUGCGAUGCAUGGACCUGCAGCCUAAAGACAACAACGGCAUGUGUGACCCUUACAUCAAGAUCUCUUUGGGGAAGAAAACAAAAGAUGACAGGGAUGACUACAAACCAAACACCCUCAAUCCAGAGUUUGGCAGGAUGUUUGAGAUGUCCUGUUUCCUCCCUCAAGACAAAGACCUGAAGAUAGCCGUGUACGACUAUGACUUGCUCAGCCGAGAUGAGAAAGUGGGAGAGACGGUCAUUGACCUGGAGAACAGACUCCUCUCUCGCUUCGGCGCCUACUGUGGCCUGCCACAGUCCUACUGCAUCUCAGGGACCAACCAGUGGAGGGAUCAGCUGAAGCCCUCCCAGAUCCUGGAGAACCUGGCCAGACUGAGAGGGAUCCCUUCACCCCGCACCUCUGCUGACAGCAGCACUCUCUCCUUCGAGGGGAGAGACUACAGCCUGCAGGACUUUGAGGCCAACAAAGUCAUCCACCAGCACCUGGGUCCAGCCAGGGAGAGGAUGGCCCUGCAUGUCCUCAGUAAACAGGGUCUGGUGCCAGAGCAUGUGGAAACCAGGACUCUCUACAGUACUUACCAACCUACACUGUCCCAGGGAAAGAUUCAGAUGUGGGUGGACAUCUUCCCCAAGAGCCUGGGUUUACUGGGACCUCCCUGCCACAUUACUCCACGCCAAGCCAAGAAGUACUUCAUGCGGGCUAUCGUCUGGAACACCACUGAUGUCAUACUAGAUGAGACCAGCAUCACCGGAGAGAGUAUGAGUGACAUUUACGUCAAAGGAUGGAUGCCUGGUAUGGAACAGGACAAGCAGAAGACAGACGUCCAUUACAGAUCCCUGGAUGGUGACGGCAACUUCAAUUGGCGAUUCGUCUUUGGCUUUGACUACCUGCCCGCAGAGCAACUGUGUCUCGUUUCCAGGAAAGAGCAUUUUUGGAAUCUGGACCAAACCGAGUUUCGGACCCCCCCAAAGUUGAUCGUCCAGAUUUGGGACAAUGACAAAUUCUCACUGGAUGACUACCUGGGCACAGUCGAGCUGGACCUGCUUCAUCUGAUCCCCCCUGCCAAGACCCCUGAGAAAUGCAGUCUGAAAAUGUUACCAGGGGUUACAGGCUCCACACCUUCCAAACAACCAACGCCCAACUCUCUGUUCUCCCAGAAGUCUGUGCGGGGCUGGUGGCCCUGUAUGAUUGAGCAGGACGGGAAGCACAUCCUGGGUGGGAAAGUGGAGAUGACCCUGGAAAUAGUGGAAGAGGGGGAGGUAGAAGAGAGGCCUGCUGGGAAGGGCCGGGACGAACCCAACAUGAACCCCAAACUAGACUUUCCCAAUCGCCCCGACACUUCCUUCUUCUGGUUCACCAGUCCAUGCAAGACCAUGAGGUUCAUCAUAUGGCGCAGAUUCAAAUGGAUCUUCAUUGGUUUGAUAGUCCUCCUGCUUGUGCUCUUGUUCCUUGGGAUCCUGCUGUACUCCCUACCAAACUACAUCUCGAUGAAAAUUGUGAAGCCUUUCUCUUAGGAGUUACUCUACGGGGCAGAUGAGUACUAUGCCCGUCUUCGUCCAAGGGAUAAGGCGACAGAAGUCUUGACACUCAGGCCCUCACAAACUCUAUGCAAUGUAUUCCUAUCAGCGUUGUCUUCAGAGUUGCAUGCAUUAUUUACAUUUUUACACUUUAUCAAUCAAGGCUACACUUCACUUGCAUUAAAUACUGUAGCUACACAGCCCUUUUAAUUGUACUGUACUUGUACUGUUCUUAUCUGUCUGUAUUUCCCUGAAAUACCGAAAGCAAAAGGAAAGGGAAAGGGGGUACCUAGUUAGUCGCAAAACUGAAUGCAUUCAACCGAUAAUGUGUCUUCUGCAUUUAAUCAAAUGCUAUUUUGUAUGCAUGCUUUACUAACCCUAAUAUAGAGAUUUUGUCAUCACUGACAGAACGAACUACUAACAACAAACACUGUUGUUGUGGCUUCAAACAAUGUCCCAACAUUCUAAUAAGCCACUUCCUUAGACACCGUACAAACAAUGUCCCAACAUUCUAAUAAGCCACUUCCUUAGACACCGUACAAACAAUGUCCCAACAUUCUAAUAAGCCACUUCCUUAGACACCGUACAAACAAUGUCCCAACAUUCUAAUAAGCCACUUCCUUAGACACCGUACAAAGAAGGUCCCAACAUUCUAAUAAGCCACUUCCUUAGACACCGUACAAAGAAGGUCCCAACAUUCUAAUAAGCCACUUCCUUAGACACCAUACAAACAAUGUCCCAACAUUCUAAUAAGCCACUUCCUUAGACACCGUACAAAGAAGGUCCCAACGCAUUUCCAAGAAAGGGCAUGAGAUAAUGUCUUGGUUGCAACAAAAAUCCCAUUUAAUUUACACACAGAUUGUCUAGGUAUGUCAUACAGUCCGGGUAAGUCCAGGUAUGUCACACAUAAAAAAUUAAGCAUGGUUUCCAUGUAAGCAUAGACAGUUUUACUAUAAAUAUUAAUUGGGAUCUAACUCAAAAAGGUACACAAAAUGAUUAAGGUAAAAUAGAUGAUUGUUUUGACAUCAAAAGGUAAAUCCAAAGGUAUUAAUCCACAAAUGAAACAGUAUUAAUCACUCUAGUUUUUGGAAGGCAUUUUUCUAGCGGGCUUCUAUCCCGUUCUAAUUCGGUUCCACCAUAGAGGUAAAAAGAAGGCUCAUCAUUGUAUCUGUGCUAUAAUGGCUUCUGAGACAGGAUGGGCAGUGCAAUUGAGGGGUAUCUCCAUUUUAAAGUAACUGUCCAGUGAUACUCUCACUUUUAAAAUGUAAUGUUCUGAUAACUCAUACCCAAAUAAUGUUGUUGGCUCAUCCUAUACUCUUUUGUGGCCAAAGCAGAAAUUGGAGAAAAAACACUUAAAAAUCCCAACCUCAAACUUGUAUCUCAAACAGAAAAAAAUGCUUGCUAUUUCCUCAUAGAGGAUGAUGACAUCCUCCUGACGAGGAUGAGCUGGCCAAUCAGUGGUCUACUCACAUUAAUAUUGGACAGUUACUUUAAAGUAGUCAAUUUCUUAUUCUACAUUUAUGAGUCAGUAAACAAACUAAAAGGGUGCGUACUGCCACCUGGAGUGUGUUGUCUGAACAGGUAUAAAGCCAAGGUUGGUGAUUUACUGCCAGCUGCAGUUCUGGAAUGUUUCCUCAGGAGUAUAAUUCAUUGGCUGAUCCUUCCUUAAUUUAACCCAUAGGAAGUCCCAAACAGUUGACUACUUUAAAAUGGUGAAAGCCCUCAAUGGCAAUGUUCAUGCUGAAACAGGUUCUAUCCAUCCAGAGUCCUCUUUCUACCUCUAUGGGUUCCACUGACACAUCUUCGCUUUAACCCAUUAUAUUUCCAUAUAAACAGUUUCCAUACUGUGAAUAAUAACUUUAACAUAUUUUCUUUUCACAUAGAAAAUGGCUCUAACAACUGUUGUGUUAAUAUUUCAUUCAUAUCAAUAGGCUUUUCUAUGUUUUAAUAAAGAACAAUGAUUAUGU